GAAAGAAAAAUGGUUGUUCUUCCUUUCCUCUCUAUUUUUUUCUUGCUCAACAUUGAGAGCCAUGUUGCGGCAAAAGUUGAGCUUCCAACUACUCCCCUCCAAAGCAAACUUCAAACCUACAUUGUCCAUGUGGAGCAGCCAAAAAUCAGACUUGUGGGUGAAUCCUCAAACGAUCAUAUUGAAAGUUGGUACAUGUCAUUCAUACCGAAGUCGACAGAGACCACUGUCGAGCAGCCGCAGUUGCUUUAUUCGUAUCGAAAUGUAAUGAGUGGCUUCUCUGCAAGACUUACAAUAGAACAAGUGAAGGCUAUGGAGAAGAAGGAUGGUUUCAUAUCAGCAAUGCCUGAAACUAUAAUGAGUCUGCACACAACUCAUACCCCUGAAUAUUUGGGGUUGAACCAACAAUUUGGGAUAUGGAAAAAUUCAAACUUUGGUAAAGGAGUGAUCGUAGGAGUAUUGGAUACUGGAAUUCAUCCAAAUCAUCCUUCGUUUAACGAUGAAGGAAUGUCGCCACCACCGGCGAAAUGGAAAGGGAAAUGCGAAUUUAAUAGCUCUUUAUGCAAUAACAAAUUGAUUGGUGCAAGAACUUUCAACCUUGGAAACAAUUUCUUGAUGGAGGAAUCACCAAAUGAUGAAAAAGGACAUGGCACACACACUGCAAGCACAGCUGCUGGUGCCUUUGUGGAAGACGCUGAAGCUUUAGGAAAUGCUAAAGGCAAGGCGGCUGGUAUAGCGCCUUUAGCUCACCUUGCAAUUUAUAAAGUUUGUUCCGGUAAACGUUGCCCGAGUAGUGACGUAUUUGCGGGGAUAGAUGCCGCUAUUGACGAUGGUGUCGAUGUGCUAUCGAUCUCACUUGGGUCUCGCUCGGUUCCCUUUUUUAAGGACAACAUAGCCGUAGCCACAUUCGGAGCAAUUCAAAAGGGGAUUUUUGUGAGUUCUUCUGCAGGAAAUUCAGGGCCUUUAAAUAGUACGUUAUCUAAUGACGCUCCAUGGAUUUUAACAGUUGGAGCAAGUACGAUUAAUCGAAGAAUCGUGGCGGUUGCCAAGCUUGGAAAUGGGGAACAAUAUGAAGGUGAAUCUCUUUACCAACCAAAUGACUUUCCAUCCAAAUUUUUACCACUUGUUUAUGCUGGAAACAGAGAGAACAAAACCUAUGCAUUUUGUGGUGAAGGUUCACUUGAAAAUAUGGACGUAAAAGGUAAAGUGGUUGUGUGUGAAGGAAAAGGAGGAGUUGGGAGAGUUGCAAAAGGAUUAGUAGUGAAAAAUGCUGGUGGGGCAGCCAUGAUUCUCAUAAAUCAAGAAGAAGAUGGAUUUAGUACUCUGUCUGAAGCUCAUGUUCUUCCAGCAACACAUGUUAGCUAUAAAGCAGGAGUCUUGAUCAAAUCCUACAUAAACUCAUCACAGAACCCAACUGCAUCAAUCUCAUUUAAAGGAACCGUAAUUGGAGACGGGGAUGAUUUUUCAGCUCCAUCCAUGGCUUCUUUCUCUUCUCGAGGCCCCUGUCUCCCUAGCCCUGGGAUCUUGAAACCUGACAUAACAGGCCCUGGCGUCAACAUUCUCGCAGCUUGGCCAUUCCCAUUAGACAACGACACGAACACCAAAUCGACAUUUAAUGUUAUUUCAGGAACAUCAAUGUCUUGUCCUCAUUUAAGUGGGAUUGCAGCAUUGAUCAAGAGUGUUCAUCCUAAUUGGUCUCCUGCUGCCAUUAAAUCUGCCAUUAUGACUACUGCAAACAUAAAAACUCCUCAAGGGGAACCAAUUACGGAUCAAGAUUUGCAACCGGCGAACUUUUUUGCGAUGGGUGCGGGACAUGUCAACCCAUCAAAGGCAGCUGAUCCAGGAUUGGUUUAUGACAUUCAACCUGAUGAUUACAUUCCUUAUCUUUGUGGUUUGUACAAAGAUGAAGAAGUUUCAAUUAUUGUUCAUAGAACAGUGAUUUGCGGAUUAGUACUGAGUAUUCGAGAAGGGGAUUUGAAUUAUCCUUCGUUUAGUGUUGCGUUGGGAGGGCUGCAGACGUUUAAAAGAACAGUGACAAAUGUGGGUGAAGCGAACUCGGUUUACACCGCCAUAGUUGAGGCGCCGUUGGGAGUGUCCAUGACGGUCAUGCCGAGAAAAUUGUUCUUCUCGAGGGUCAACCAAACAAUGACGUUUACGGUGACUUUUAAUCGGAUUAGAUGGGUUAAAAUCGUAGGUGAAUUUGGUGAAGGAUAUCUCAAAUGGGUUUCUAAAAGUAAAAAAUAUGUUGUGAGGAGUCCUGUUUCUGUUAAGUUUAUUUAAGCUUCAAAUGUAGUUGAAAAGAGAAAAGACUGUUAAUUACGGGCGAGCUAAGGCCAUGGCUAUUUUAAUUA